AUGAAUUUAAUAUUUCAGGAAAUUGUUCGUAUUAUGUUUGAAUUUAGAGAUCAAUGUAUUCUGGAACUUGUAAAUGCUGACCAUUGUCAAUUUCAGAGAGGUAUGUCGGUUCCAAAGGCUGGUGUAUUUCCUUACAUUAGUCUAAUCAGAUGUGGCCACCACCGGAGAAUGAAGAGUACCCGACAACCUGAUUCAGGAAUGAUAAACAACAGGGGAAAAAAUAAAGGUUCUACAAAACCAAACACAACUGCUGCUAUGUUACUAUCCCCUGUUUCACUCCGGAGGCUUAAGAUUGUGGCAGGAAGGAAAGCAAGAUUAAACGAACUAAUUUAAGUGGAUAUGUUUUGUUUCUGUGGGAGAAAGUGCCAAGAGGUGGUGGAUUUGGCUGUGACAUGGUUAGUUGAAGUCUGGUUACUGGAUUUGUGGAAGUUGGGUUUUGCAGAUUACAGUUUCAUACAAAGGUCACUCCCUUAUUUCAUUAAGAUGGAAACUAGAAGGAAUUCAAAUUUUGGAGUUGGAAUCACCAUACAUUAGAUAGAUGUAUGUUGAUUUUUUGUUGUACUAUUAUGCAAUUUUUUGAAAUUGUUGUCAUUUAUGUAUUUUUUUAAGGACUGAUCAUUUCUGAUGUUAUUUUAAAGCACGUCAUCUCAACAUUUUGUAAGCAUG